AUGCCUCGUGUUGAAAGAAAAGGUCGUGCCAACAAGAAGAGAGGAAAGAAGGGAGGAAAGAAGGAAGAAGAUGCCCAAGCCACUAGCAUCACUCCAGGAGAGGCCAUGGACAUUGAUGCUCCUGCUCCCAACAAUGUCGCUACCCAAGAAGGUCCCGGUGGUGUGGUAUUCAAUGAUCAGCAUUUCCAAGCUGCUCACUUUGGUGAAGUUGAUGAAGAAUUGCUUGGUUACUUCAAGAACGUAGAGCAAACAUUAGACGAUCCUCAUUUCGAAACAGGUGAAGAUCAAAGAUUGUUUGUCGAGAAUGUGUACAGUGAAGUCGAUGGCAACGAAUUCCGUCUCUCCACCAACUACUCUUGCUCUUUGAUUCUCGAGAAAUUGCUCAAAGUGUCUGAUUCAUUCCAGCUUCGAGUGUUUAUGGAUAAAUUGAGUGGAAAAACCGUCGAAUUAUUCGCUCAUCGUUUUGCUUCUCAUGUCUGCCAAACCUUAUUGACUUUGGCCGCUGAUGUUGUUGAGCGUGAACAAUUGGAGGGUGUGUCAGCGAAUGAGACAUCUCCUCUCAAGGAAGGUGAAGGCGAGCUUUUGUCCAUGGAGAAGCUCAUCCUCGGUGUGUGUGAAGACAUCAAGCCUCAUGUCGGUGGCCUUAUUUCGCAGCAAUUCGCCUCCCACGAUAUUCGUAUUUUGCUCUUUGUUUUGGCUGGUAAACGUAUUGACGAAUCUGGAGACAUCAAGGGCCAAUUGAGAAGUAAGAAGUCCACUCAGUAUAAAAAGGAGAACAACGACACAUUCACAAAGUCUAGUGUCCGUUUAACACCCACAAGAAAAGUGCCUGAUUCGUUCAAAGCCAUGUUUAGAACGCUCACUACUGAGUUAGCCAUCAACAUGUCCGAGACGGAAGUGCGCACCCUGUCUGUUCACAAAGUCGCCAAUCCUGUGUUGCAGCUCUUAUUGGAAAUGCAAGAGAACGAUAAAGAAGGACAAAAAGCCAAGAACAUCCUUAUUGACCGUAUUUUAUGGGGCAUUGUCACCGAUAUUGAUUCUAAGGAAGAGAAUAGGGACAGAGACUCGUGGUUUGAGACCAUGGUGCGUGAUCCUGUUGGCUCGCAUCUCUUGGAGGUUAUUGUCAAGUGUGCACCAGACGCUAUUUACAGAAAGAUCUUCAAGACGUAUCUCAAGGGCAAGCUCGAAAAGUUCAGCAUGCAUCCCAUUUCCAACUUUGUUAUUCAAAACUUGAUCACGCAUGUCAGAAAAUCCAAGCAACUGGAUCAAAUGAUGGCAGAACUCGGUAAAUCAUUCGAGAAGCUAUUGAAAUUCGGCAAAUAUGGCGUCAUUCGUAGUUUGGUGGACGCCUCUGUUAGAAUGGAGUCAUCUCAAAAAGCUGUGGUGGACGCCAUUGCUGUGGCAUUGCACAUGACUGAAGAUGCUCAGCGCAAAGAAUUCGUCAACUGUUGUAUGCGCAUGUGGACAUAUGAACAAUGGAAUGAAGCAUCAGAGGACGAAAAAUUAGACUUGUACAAAUUCCACCUGCAGGGUUCUUUGAUUGUGCAAGGUAUCAUGAAGAUGGAGGCCGAUGUCAACGCCAUUGUAACCAACAGCUUCCUGUCACAAAGACCUGACACAGUGUAUCGAUGGUGUUUCUCUCCUGCUGGUUCCAGAGCCUUUGAAUCCAUUGUCGCUUCACCCAAUGUCAACGCCAAGAUGAAGAAGAAGAUUAUGCGUGAUUUAUCUGGCAAAUACACAGCACUCGCCAAAGACAAAUUUGGCAGCCAUAUCCUGGAUAAAUGUUGGGCUGCUGCCGACAUUGAUUCCAAAGAGAAGAUUGCUGCUGAACUAGUGAAACACGAGCAUGAAUUGGCCAGUCAUUACAUUGGUAAAAGCAUUCUUUGGACCUGCAAGAUUGAUCAGUACAAGAGAAGACAUGAUGAUUGGGUUGAAAGAGAAAAGGGCGCUGAGCGUAAGCGUGAAAUGUUUAGAGAUAUUCUUGAUGACACACCUGUCGACAAGAAGCGUAAAUUUGCAUAA